AUGCCAAUCUACUAUGCUGCCUACACAUACGUCUCUAAGCCUGAAACGUAUUGGUGGCCGCUCAAUCGAGAGGUUCCCAUUCAAUUCGCUAACUCCUUAAUGCGGGCGGUCAUGAUUGGCUUCACCUUACCGACAAUACUUAUAUUUAUACCCUGGAAGGACCCGUAUACAAUCCAAGCAUUCGAGUCAUUGUGGCAACCAUCGCCAAUGUUUGUUCCGUUUAUCUGCAGCGUUCUGGGGUAUGUCUAUGUCAAAAGACACAAUCUCAAGCAGGUCUCUGGAAAAGCCGCAGACCCCUUCCCGGACGUGCCGAUUCUUCAGAACCUCUACAUUGUUAGCGGUAUACUGAGUGUAUUGUUACAUAUCUAUUCCCUUGCUAAAAUUGUAUCUUCGCCCAACCUGAGCUUGAUGUCCGUCUUCUGGCCCGACUUUACCGCGCAGCCAAAGGCAUUUGGCGAGGGACUCCGAGCUCUCUUCUUGGCAGACUUCUGGGGCUUCUAUGCUGCCAUGUAUGGCUGGCUAUGUAUGGCAGCCUAA